AUGUCUCAGCAAGGCACCACCCCAUCUUCUUACCCUCUCACUGCCCUUGUCCAACCUCGCGCGGAAAAAUCAUCCGCCGACGUACCCAAGAGGGACGCUACGUUGAUCGAGAGGAUUAGCGGAAAUAACUCACGUCAUCAGACUUAUUCCGAGUCCAAAGACGAUGUCCCCUUCCCAGUCCCCAGCGCCUCCACCAACAACCCUAGGGGCAAACCCAGCCCCAACCCCAGCCCCAGCGCCUCUUCGCCGAGCCUUAACCCCCCACCCCACCCCGCCCCCAGAGACACAGACAGCAGCCCAACUUUCGCAUCAUGGCGCUCAUUCCUCAACAUCUACGACAAUGACACCAGCCCGCCCCUCACGCCCGUGCCUACCUCCUCCCCCGUGCUUUUUCCUCCAAGUACGUCGCCUUCAUCUUCGGCUGCGGCGGCUUAUGAGGUGCUGUCCAUCCCGGCGCUGGGGAGGAGGCUGACAGACGCGAAGGCGGGGGAGGCGGAGGAGGGGUAUUCGGAAUGUCUCGGUGCGCAGAGGCAGAGGGGGGGUUGGGGAAUGCCUGCCAUGCGGGUUAAAGAUGAGGAGGAAGAGAGGAAGGAGGGAGAAGGCGGGGAGGAUGAUACGCCGGGAGAGGAGAAGGAUGAUCCGUUUAGUUGUGUGCGGCUUGAGCGUGGGGGGUUGGGGUCGCUUGGGGUGGAGGGGGAGGGAUAUGAGGAUUAUGAGAGUGAUGGUGGGGAGGAGCCGCGACAGCCUGGGUCUGGGAGUGGCUCUGGCUCUGGCUUUGGAUCAGAGUCUGAGGAGGCAGAGUCUGAGGCAGAGUAUGAGAACGAAGAAGACAACGACGGCAAAGACAGCGACAAAGACAAGUCCAAAGAAGAAGAAGAAGACGACGACGACGAAGACCUCUACAACUUUGCCCCCCGCCGUCCACCCCUCGCCCCCAAAGUCUCGAGCUUCAACCACACGAACCGUUACCGCUUCUUUGGCCAUAUCAACUGUCCCGCUUUUCCCCGCCCUCCGCCGGCGUCGCCGAGGAAAAUUAAGACGGUGAUGGUGCCGGGGAGAACGAUGCCGGAGAGAGCUUAUUCUGUACCCACCAUGCCGGGGGGGUAUGGGACGAAAGUGCCGAGCAAGCUUUCGGGCUCUGUCGUGGGCGAAGGUGACCCAAACCCAAACCCCGACCGCCCUCACCCAUUCCCCCAACCCACGCCCCAACCCCCACCAGGCCCGCGGCGCUCCAACACAUUCUCAACCGCCCCCUGCUACAACGGCCUCAAACAAGGGCACGGCGCGCGCACGCAGAUCAUCAUGAACAAGGCGGAUGAUCAGACGGGCUUGGCGUUUGGGAUGUUGAAGGUGGUGGAGCAGAGGAGGGAGUGGGCGCCUGUGAGGCAGCCGGAGAGGUGGGUUUUGAGGGGGGAGUUUAGGGCGGGGGGGUUGAAAGAACUGGAUGGGCAUGACCAUGGGCAGCACGGGCAGCACGGGCACGGCGGGCAGCAUCAUCACCAUCAUCAUGGGAAGAAGUUGGUCGAAGGUCAAUCAUAA